AUGCUUGCUCUUGGUGUCAUCAUCGGAAAGUUCGAUGCGAUGCGUCAAUCCUGGGCUCCCCAUGCACUCGAUGCCGACAGGACGGUCGCCAAAAUUAUGUUCUGCAGAUACAAGACGCCAGAAAACCCAGAAGUUCCUCCGCAUCAUGGAGGCCAGAAUGAAGUGACAUUCAACCCCUCCGACGAUCAGAGCUACCCAGCUCCGAUUUCAAGACCCCUAACAUCCAUUGAGGCAAAGCAUAAAGAUUCAAAUGGGUCCAAUCCCGCCUCGCCACCACAAUGUGCCAGUGUUUCGUAUAAAGAGUACGCAUUCAUUGAUUCCGCCCAGUUGUUAACACUGUCGUCCGAGGAUACGGUGAUCCUCGACGGUAAGGGCUGUCUUGACCUGCCGGAUCAUAACGCAACCGACGAAUUUGUGAAGCAUUACUUUAAAAGAAUCCAUCCUCUAGUCCCUGUGCUUGACGAAGCCAAGUUUUGGCGCUCAUAUCUUGACACCAAUACCGGUAGCAAAGUAUCGCUUUUUGUGUUCCAGUCAAUGCUUUUUGCAAGCUGUCCCCUAGUUUGUUUGAGCAUUCUGCGUCGGUGCGGAUUCAGCGAUAGGAGAGAUGCACGGGAGAAACUCUACAAUAGAGCUAAGUUAUUAUUUGAUCUAGGGACUGAGAAAGGGUGCUACGCAAAUGCACAAGGGGCUGUUCUGCUCACACAUUACACUUCUGCAGAAGACCCUCGAGCCGGGAGUCAAUGGCUAGCAAGAGCUAUCGAAAACACCAUACGUAUCGAUGCCCGACCCUCUGUAUGGCCAGAAAGAGUGGAAGAAUCGCUUAAAAGGCGGCUCUGGUGGUCAAUCCUGCUUCGCGACCGAAGCAUUUGUAUUGGUCUGCGCCGCCGUCCACAAAUAACUUCCAGCACCUUCUUUGGGCGCAACAAUUUGCCAAGCAUAAAAGACUUUGAAGAAGAGCUGCAUAAUUCUCUUGUUUAUGAUUUUGAAACCAAGCAGAGCCUGCUCGUAGCGUUCCGGCGACAGUGUGAAUUAGCUGCGCUUCUGACCAACUUGUCCUCUUUGAUUUUUGAUACAUCGCAGACCCGAAAACCUUUUCUUUCCUUCAUCGAGUUUCAAAGGUUGAUGUCAAAUAUCAAAACGAUCAAAAGGUCGCUCAGCAACUGGGAAGAAUCAGUCCAAUCUGUCCCCCCUCGGGGUAGGACACAAGAAAGCGACGACGCGACCGCGACAUUAAUCCAUUUGACGAUUAUGUACUAUCACGCCGCCCGGGUUGAUUUAGCACAAUACGCGGCCCUGGUAUUGGAACAAAAUCUAUUUUACGCAGAAGAUACCUAUAACGACUCGGUUCAAGACAUCAGCAACGACCUGAGAGAGGCUAUUGCAGGGUUAACGAUUGUGAUGGAAUACUUCAGUGUAGACAAUGAUGCUGAUAGUCUUCCAUUAAGUGUACUCGGAUAUGUUAGCAUGCCACUCGUUCUGGCAGCUAUAGACCUCAAGCUAUCUCCCACGCGUGAGGAAAUGAAGUCGAGACAAAAUCGUCUAGAUUCGCUUGGUCUGAUAAUUCGUCGCUGUGAAUCGCUUUACGACGUGACCGACUUUGUCGCUGUUGGAACCAAUUCUAUUCUUCAACUUGCUUAUGCUACUACGCAGCACCUCUUUUUGGGUGGAGGAACCUCGCAGGGGCUUUGGAACAGGACCGCGACAAAGGAGCCAUCCCCUCAAAAGCAUUCUCACCCCAUAUCCAGGUCAGCUAAACCUAGACAACCACAGAGCUGGCAGGAUGCGUUUGUCCGCUGCCCGAGAGCAUAUCUUUUGAUAUCGACGACGGUAGACUAUAGCUUGUCCUUUGGUAGAUUGCCAUCUGCUCAUGACCUCCCUGAACUUGUUCGUGACCUUCAAGCCGUGGGUGGUAUUUCUGGGCUUCCUUGGACUAUCGACAAUUGUCCAUCCAUAGGAGGGAUAUCUUCUGCGCAUCAAGCAAACCCACCCGAACACUUCUCAAGGUUGCGGUUUAUUUCGGCGGUUAAAACGACACGUACCUCGGAAACUGUUCCCAUAGAAAGCGAGGCAAAAACGAGACAGGGACGAGAAACCAAACAAAAUCACUACAUUUCAUUUCCAGGAAGUGUUCCAGCUCGUCACGCAGAACUCCCCCAAGAAAGCUACGUGGACCACCUGGCCCAAUGCGAUCCUCAUGGAAUGAACUUGGAUUACAUGGAAUUCGGAGAUUUUUCAAGAUGUUCAGGGACUAAAGCCAAGAGCCAAUUCCCUGUUAUGGAAAUACCACGCCUCGAAUUUCAGCAAAUGGGCGUCUUGAACUGGUCGGGGGAUGUGCAGGCUGCCAGCGACGAGCUGAAUCCACGUCCACCAACCAGUCCCGUUGGAUUAUUGCUGUUUGACACACUUUUCCAUGAAGCAUUUGAAGGAAACUGGGCGAUUUAA